UUAAAUGUCAAUUUGCCUGUCUGGAUUGUCAUUAAAAACGUCCCGCGAAGAAAGAGUAUUUAAUAUAAGUAAAUAAUUUUGAUUAUAAGCAUGUACGUAACGUAUAAUAAUCGUAAUAGGUAUUAGGUUUAUUCCGGUAUUAUUUAAUUAACUUGAAAGAUAAAUUACCGGCGUGGCUGUUAAAUAUUUCUCAUUUUUUAAAUACUAAGAUCUAGCCUCUUUAAAAUCAUGAAUGAUAACAAUGAAGUCUUUAGUAUAAAUUACAAAAAAUCUUUACAAUAUUGGGCAGAUAUACCACCUACGGUUGAUGGAGUACUUGGAGGAUUUGGAUUUAUUUCAAAUGCUGAUAUAGAGGGAUCUGAGCUUUUCCUAAAGUCUUUACUUUCAUCUGAGAGUGCUCCUUGUACUAAUGUUGCUCUAGAUUGUGGUGCUGGAAUUGGUAGAAUAACAAAGUAUUUAUUAUUACCACAUUUUGAAUCAGUUGAUGUGGUUGAACCAGAUGAAAAAUUUAUUAAUUCUAUCAAAGAAUAUGUGGGUGAACUUGCAUCAAAACUGGGCACACUGUACAAAGUUGGUUUACAAGAGUUUGUUCCUGUAAGAAAAUAUGAUGUUAUUUGGAAUCAGUGGGUCCUAGGAUAUCUUACCGAUGAAGAUUUAGAAGCUUAUCUCAUACGAUGCAGAGAUUCGCUGUCUGAUAAUGGGAUAAUAGUUGUAAAGGAAAAUGUUACUUCUUCGGGGAAAGUUGAAAAAGAUUCUACAGAUUCAUCAGUUACAAGAUCUUUUAAACAAUAUAUUAAAAUAUUUAAAAAAUGUAAUUUGAAAAGAAUUAAGCAAUGUAAACAAGCUAACUUUCCAAAUGGAAUAUAUCCUGUAUAUAUGUUUGCAUUAGUACCUAAUAAUAAGAAAAUAGAAAAAUCAAUAGAUCAUAGUAUUUGAUACAAUAAAUAAUGUAAUUAUUAAAAA